UGUCAUUUUUAUAUGGUUUGGUGUGGUAGGUAGGUACCUACCUAAUUGGUCUGGCUUUGGUAGUUUUUUGGAAUGUGUGAUUUUCCUUUUCAUUCAUUAAAUUAAAAUGUUAUAGCUUUUAACCGAAAAUUACACGCAUUGACAAUGGAGGAAGAUGAUCCAGUGGUUCAAGAGAUACCAGUAUAUUUAUCCCAAGCAUUGGCAGAAAAUUUAUACAUAUACCAAUAUCCGGUAAGACCAGCUAACAGGGACUGGAAGGACGUCAAAGUAGUAAAUGCUUCAAUCAAGCCUAAAAACAAGUUGGUGAGACUAGAGGUCGGCUUAGAUACCUCAAGCGAUAAGUACUGCGAUUCAAAAGGCGAACAGAUAGCAAUUAACACUGAUGGAUAUCAGGAGUCAUCAUGGCAUAUUAAGGAAAAGGACAAGUCUCAGUAUUUCAGAAAUGGGAUUAUGGAUAAAAUUGUGUAUGAGAGUAGCACACCCUGCAGAGAUACACAGCACUAUGCUGUGGCCAUUUUGCAGGAUAAGGAAUUGCAUUGUACCCCCAUACAAGGUAUAAUACAAAUGAGGCCGUCAUAUUCGUAUUAUGAUAGACAAGACAAGCGAAAACAAGAUAAGAACAAAGCUGAGGAUUCUGAUGAAGAAGAAAAAGAACCAGAGGCUCAACAGGUAACAGUGAAAUUUGCUCGGCAAGAGACGGAGGUAGCCAAGAAGGCCCGGGAGAAGUCAUAUGAAGCCCUAAGUCAAAAGGUAGCUGGAGAACCCUGGUACGAUACUAUUUGGAGACACUCUGAUACAGACCAAGCUGAAUUGGAGCGGCUGAAGCUGUUCAGUGCAGUGACGACCGCGGGCUCGUCGCUGUCGCUGCCCGCGCGGGAGUACGUGCGCGCGCUGGCGCCGGCGCCGCCGGCUGCGGAGGCCGACGUCGCCGCCGCCGCCGCCGCGCUGCCCCCCGUGCAAGACCAGAUACGCGAACUGCUCAUCAGCGCGAGAAUGCUAACAUUCUCGGACCUCCGUUCGCUGGUGCGCACGGCGGAGGGCGCGCUGAGCGAGGCCGCGCUGGUGCCGGCGCUGAGCGGCGCCGCGUGCUGCGUGCGCGGCGUGUGGGCGCCGCGCUCGCGGGACGUGUUCGCGCGACCUGCGCGCGUGCCGCAGCGGCUCAUGUGCGCGGCCAGGGACCACGUGCUAUACCUGUUCACUCAACAUCCGUACGUGGACCGGCGGAAGGUCGCCGCAGCUGUGCGUCUCCCGCCUCAAGAAGUGACAGAAAUUCUAACCUCUGUUGCCAAGUACAACCCUCCUUCCGGUUGGGAACUCCUCCUACCACCAGACCUGGCCUUCGAAGCGAAGUACCCUGACGUCAUGCAACGGCAAAACCUCUAUUGGGAAGCCAGACAACGACUCUUCAACGAAAUGCUUAUCGGAGAAAAUAUUCCCAAACGGCAACGCAAGAAGUCCCAACGAGAAUCCAUCAGCUCAGACACUAUGAUGAGCCCCAAACCGAGGUGUAACAGUGUUAGUGAAGAUGACAGUGGUGUGAAAAGACAUAAGAAUAAAUCUGCAACGGGCAGUGGCAAACGGACUCGCAAUAUAAGUUCUAGCAGUGCGCAGGACGGCUCUUAACUGUGUUGAGAUAGUUAGGUUAUCAAAUUUUAGACUUAGUCGCAACGCUCCCUUGGGCCAGAUUGAAUGUUUACGACAUAAACUCGAGAACCAUAGGUUUGUCAAUGUAGAAUAUAUAUUAAUUAAGUGUGGCGCGUGCGCAAUACGCUAGCAAGUCUGCGUUACUAUAACCUGGUGACCAAAGGAAUCUUACAAAAGUCAUUAAGAAUUUUUUCAACAGUAGUGACGCCCACAUCCACGUAGGAUUGACAGGUCAAGGGUAAGUCCUCCACAAUUCUCUCGUCCAUGGUGAUCUGGUUUGUAACUUAAUUGGUCUGCACAUCACCGGUACAUAAAUUGGUCACAUAAAUUUGUUCCUCUAUCAGGCAUGCAAGUGGGCUUCAGACACACGGUAAUGGUGUGUACGGUUUAACCGCACAUAGAUACAUCAAAUCACUUUCGUGAAAUAAUGCUUGCUUAUCGGCCGAUUUGUUGUAUCUAUGUGCGGUUAGGUUACAUGGUGUGAGCAUGAAUGGGAUCACAAUUACCAUCAAAUAAUUGGAUAUCUACUAUAGAAACGAGUUUUUUGCUCUCCAGUCUUCUGUAUAGAAGACUAAAGGGCACAAAUCUUUUUGUAUUUGUUGUUCGACAUAAUAUUUACAGUUUGACGUUGGAAAGUAGAUUUUCUCGUCACUGAACCUAUGAAGUUACAUAUUUAAUCAUAUAUAGUGAAAGGUUGGAUGCUUUACAAAUUCAAUAUACACAUAGUUUUUGGACAUUGUCAUUAUUUUAAUUAAAACAUAAUGUUUAUAUUUAAUUUAUUGUCUGCGUAAAAAUUAACUUAUCACAUGUUCUUAUGUUUCAGUGUCUGUUUUCUAUGUAAUUGUAUUAUGUUUCGAAAUUUAACAAUUUUAUUAUUGUUUUUUAUUCUAAAGCGAACUAACCUGUUGUAUGAAGUCGUCGACUGAAUUUUACAAUUUUAUAUAUAAGUAGUACUCGUAGCUCCUACGUGAUUUGUAUAAUAUGCAUGUUGUGUAAAUAAACCAAUGUUGUAGGAAUAUUGUGACUCAUCUAAUCAUAAAAAGCCUCUUUGAGGUUAAGUUUAUUUCUGAAUAUAACAAGGUAAAUCAAAUGCCUUUUAUACCCUUCAAAACGAUAUUAAUAUUUAUCUGUAUUAUUUAGAAUAUAUAUUGAAAAUUUACCUAUCAUGAUGUUAAUGCAUUUACGCUUCGUAAUAUUCCUAUGAUAUGUCUUUAGCAAAAAAUGUGUAUGACACUAUGUGAUUUAAGUUAUAAGUUGUUAAUUUUGUAAAGGAAAUAAACCUUCCAAUAUUAAUACAAUUUUGAUUCCA